UCAGGUCCUGUGAGGAAUCCGAGUGUCGUUGCCCUCAGCGAUUCCGCCUUACAGGUCACGUGGUACAGACCAGCAGCAGUCAACGGACAGUUACGUGGCUACGGGCUUCACGUGCUGACAAACCACACAAAGUGUGUGCAGGCAAUCACGUUCACGGAUGAUACCAAAAGCUGCAACAAAGUUGAAUCGGAAGCAAACGAAAAGCUGGAUCACUGUGCUAACAGGACAGAUAUAUGCAGAGACAUAAACAGUUUAAGACAAGAAGUGAACAUCACUGACCUGCUCCCGGACACCAUGUACACCAUCACCGUGUUUGCCAUCAACGACGCAGUACAGAACAGAGGAGAGGGUCAAAAGGUCAGCAGAGAUGGAACCACCACCAUCGCCGCUCCAUCGAAGAUAACUGACUUUACUGCGGUGUUUACAAACAACUCUGUCAUACUCACCUGGUCACCACCGGUACCUCGUCCUGGUCCCACUAAUUACACUCUGGUCAUCACAGACCUGGGAUCUCGAUACUACCAAGACAGGACAAUGAGUUCAACAUCAAAGACUAUAUACAUCCCGGGCUAUGACAUUACAUCCCAUAUAGAAAAGGACCUACGUUCAGCAUGGAACUAUUCGUUUUGCUUGACUGCUCAUACAGUGAGAGGAUCAUCACAAAAUACUUGUUUCACCAUUUCAACGAAUGAUUCAGCUCCAACAUUGAAUGUCGAUCCUGACUUCGGUGGAUCACUUCUGAAAGAUCCUAGUGAUGUGACCCAAACCACAGCUGUGAUAAAUAUCUGUCCUUGUCUGGUCACAGACCGCUCACAGGGACACAUCACACUAGCAGGUCUUAUAGUCUGCAAGGGAAACUGCGAAACCUCUUCUGAUCCUAAUUAUUUCCGAUCUGGUGUCAUGACGUGGAAACAAUUCAAGGACAAGGGCUAUGAGGGAAGUUAUAGGCCCACCCCUGAUGACUGGCAUGAGACUCAACGCGUUGGUGACCAGCAUUCUUCUGUUCAAACAGUGUCGUCCCGAAAGAAAAGGUUAACCUUCCAGUCACGUUCCAUCCGCGAAACUCUCAAUAAGAUACAGUUCACCUUAGGGGGAGACGUGAACUGUGAGCAGAUGGACAAAAGUGUUUACUGUAACGGACCCUUGCCCCCUGGCUACACAUUUGCGUAA